AUGGCCUCGGAUGACGCAAAGGAAAACACUUCAAAGAGCCAACCAAGCCAGCCGAAACAACCAGCAACAACCGCAGCCACUACGGCCACGGCAGACACCUCCCCUCCCACCACCACCACCAAUACAACAACACCGUCAUCAACUACAACCACCACAACUACAACCACCACAGCUAAAGCGGCAUCGCCCGCUAAAUCCAGCGAGCUGAAACCGCUGGACCUGAAACCACUGGACCUGAAACCAUCGCCAACAAAACCACCUCCUGCAAAAAAGUCAAAGCCAUCGCUAGAUCAAUACACCCAGCUCAAAAAGAAGCUAACCCAACAGAUCCUCGCAAAACAGGAGCUAAACUCGCGCUUGUCGAAAUUGGAAGAUACCUUGUACCAAAAGGAGUCCGACUACUUUGAAGACAGCAGCAUGGGCAACAUCGUCAAGGGGUUCGAGAACUUCCUGAAGAGCGGCGGUGUCAGCGUGACCAGUGGCGCCUCGAGUUUCGCUUCCGGUGGAGCUAGCGGCGGCGCUGCAGGCGCGGGAGGAAUUGGUGGCGGUGGAGGGUUCUCGGGUGGGUAUCGGCGCAGGAUCGUGUAUACUGAAGAUGACCAUAUCUUCAGUUUGAGCUCGGUUAAUUUCGUCAAGAACAUGACGAAGAAGCAUGGCUCGGGGUACAAUGGUGGUGGAUCUGUGAAUGGAAACAGUGCAAAUAACAAUAGUAAUAACAUCAGCGGUGGAACGCCCAGUGCGGGCAAGCAGCUGGAUGAUUUCGACGACUACGAGGAUUCGGUUGAUCCCACGAGCGCCCAUGCCGCGGGGCCCAAGUUGACGUUGAGUCUCUCCGGAGGCACGUCGCCUGGUGGUGGUGGUGGUGGUGCCAAUGCUCCUACUACUGCCAGUGCGUCAGAGAAGAGCGAUAACGCAACAAGCACACCGUCGCGCAAACGCAAAGCUCGAAGUAUAGAAGAUUGA